AAGCCUAUCAAAAUGGCAGAAGCCGCGCAAAUGUUUUUGUUCCUAUAUAAGUCCAAGUACCGGCGAAAAGCUGCGAGAGUCCGUGUCGAUCGGGGUGAGCGACGAACGCGCGCCGAUGAAGAGGAGGAUGACGAGGAGGCCGAGGAGGGGCCGGAGUGCCCCGGUGGUAGGCGGAAGUUCGCCGGCUCGUCCGUGCUUUGGAGCAUCGUUGUCUGGACGACGUUGCUGCAGUGCGCGGCGCCCUUGGAGACGGCUGCCGCGAGUUCGGCGACGAGUUUGGCUGGGUCCAAUGCGUCAACCUGCGAUCUUGAGAGUUGCCUUAAUGGAAACUGCAUCAAUGGUAGUUGCCUCUGUCGGGAGGGCUGGCAGGGUCCCAACUGUCAGUACUGCGCUAGUAAAGUCAGAUUAUCCGAGCCCUCGGGCAGCAUUCACGAUGGUGUGGGUAAUUACACGACGGACGUAAAGUGCUCGUGGCUCAUCGAAAGUAGCCCGAAUUCAACGGUACGUAUGCACAUAGAGGAAUUUGCCACGGAAUGCGGCUGGGACCAUCUGUAUAUCUUCGACGGGGAUAGCGUCGAGGCGCCCCUACUCGGCGUCUUCACCGGUCUCAUGCACAAGGACGACUAUCAUAUAAGACGGGUGCCGGAAGUCAUCGCCCGCUCGGGCAGCGCCCUUCUGCACUUUUACUCGGACGUUGCCUACAACAUGAGCGGCUUCAAUAUCACUUACAAAGUUAAUGCUUGUCCGAGCAGGGAUUCGCACGUCGACUGCUCGGGACACGGAGUUUGCAUCGAGGGCAUCUGCACGUGCGACGCCACAUGGAUGGGCGAGGCUUGUGACGUACCCGUUUGCCCCAACAAUUGCUCGGCCCAUCGGGGACAGGGCAAAUGUAACCAUGAGUGGCAUCGCUGCGACUGCUUUCACGGAUACAAAGGUGCCGAUUGUAACCAGACAAGUGAGCAGGGAUACUGGGAGGUCGUGCAUUACAACGACUUGUCGCCGGAGGGUUCGGCGAGUCACUGCGCCGUUGUCUGGCAGGAUUCGUUAUACAUUGUCGGCGGCGAGAGUUUUCAUCGGGCCAAAAUGAUCUAUGUAUACGACUACAACGGGAAUGUGUGGGAGACACCCCACGUAACGAGCAGGCAGCCUUUACCGAGAUAUGGCCACUCUUGCGUUUUGUUCGGCGACAAAAUUUAUAUGUACGGUGGUGUCAUCGAAAACUCAACCGUUACCAAUGAGAUCUGGGCUUUCGACGUUUCGGCCAAAUUAUGGGAAAACGUUACUGUCCACGAUAACUGCCUUAAUAAAAGCAUGUGCGGUCCACUUAAGGUUGCUGGUCAUACAGCAAAUCUUAUCCAGAGCCACGACAAAAAGGAAAAGAUGGUUGUAAUUUUCGGGCACUCGCCGCAAUACGGCUAUCUUAAUACCGUCCAAGAAUACUACUUCAGUGCGCGCGAAUGGCAAGUCGUCGAUACAUACGGAUUCCCAGUAAAGGGUGGUUAUGGCCACAGCUCGGCACACGAUCCUCACAGCAACCUCAUUUACGUGUAUGGCGGAUACGUAUCCGAGUCACAGCUGAGCCAGGUCCUCACCAACCGAUUAUACUCCUACAAUCCGAACAUACCGCGCGAAUGGCGACUCUUAACUUCCGCCCCGUCGGCACGAUUCUUUCACACAGCUGUCUUUCUUAGCGACUCCCUUAUGCUUGUAUUUGGCGGCAACACGCAUAAUGAUACAUUACACUCGUACGGAGCGAGAUGUUACUCGGCCGAUACGAUUGCCUAUGACGUUACGUGUGACUCCUGGAGGCAGUAUAAUAUACCUAAAGAAAUGACCGACCUGUCACGGUAUGGACAUAGUGCCAGCAUUUUUGGCAAAUCAAUGUACGUCUUUGGUGGAUUUGAUGGGCAGAUGUUGUCGGAUAUGCUCAGGUAUACUCCCGGUAGUUGUGAACAGUUACGAAAUCACAGCCAGUGUCUAAGUUCGAAAAUAGGAUUGAAAUGUGUGUGGGAUAAAAAGCAGAGCACUUGUCUUCCAAUCACAAGCAUUCCUAAGCACAUCCCGACGAUCGAUGAUCCUCACGAUGGAAAAUAUGUACGCUGUUUAGAUGAUACUCCACCCCGUGGCAUGACCUCGCACAAGGAGCUUUGUAAACUAAUAACAGAUUGCGUUGCAUGCGUCCAAACAUCCUACAAUUGCGUUUGGUGCGGCAAAAGCUGCUCUCAUGAAAUCUGUAGGAAUAUUGCAAAUGCUCCAUCAUUAAGAGCUGUCAACGCUUUGGAAUUGUGUGAUUUACGCACCGGCGUUGAAUGCUUUCAGUUACACACUUGUCAAGCUUGCAGUAGUAAUCCAAACUGUAUUUGGUCUUGGUCAAAUGGUCCUGACAGGUGUAAACCUUUAUCCGAAAUUGCCAUCGCGAGCUCGAAUAAUACAAUUCAGCCACAGCGUUCCCCGGUAGACAUUUGUCGAAGUCCCUGUGUCGAAUAUACAUCUUGUCGUAAUUGUACUGAGACUGAAUGUAUUUGGUGCCAGAAUGAGGAAAGAUGUAUUGAUAAGAAUGCUUAUCCUGCAAGUUUCCCAUAUGGACAAUGUCGAGAGUGGACGACGUCGCACGAUAAAUGUCGUUCCACUAAAACAGGUACCGAGUGGUGUAGCUCGCAUAAUUCUUGCGCUAAUUGCAGAGCAGAUCCAGCCUGUGGAUGGUGUGAUGAUGGAUCGGAUACGGGAAGGGGCAAGUGUCUACCGGGAGGUGCUCGACAACCGAGUCACAAGAGUCCCGAAAGAUGUCCUACAGACCGUUGGUUCUUCACCGAAUGUCCAAUUUGUCAAUGCAAUGGCCAUAGUCUAUGCCAUCCCAAUAGUAGCGAAUGUAUGCAACCCUGUGAAAAUUUAACGCAAGGACAACAUUGUGAAAAAUGUAAGCCCGGUUAUUAUGGAAAUCCUCUAAAUGGAGCUACUUGUCAACCUUGUUCAUGUAAUGAUCAGGGAACAAACUGUACCAGCGAGACUGGUAAAUGUUUCUGCACAACGAAAGGUAUCAUAGGUGACCAUUGUGAAAGAUGUGAUGUGAGCGGACUUUAUCACGGUGAUCCUACAAAUAAAGGAUCAUGUUUUUAUGAUCUUGCAAUUGACUAUCAAUUUACAUUUAAUCUGAGUAAAAAAGAAGACCGUCAUUAUAGAGCAAUAAAUUUCAAAAAUUCUCCGCCAAAACCUGAUGUGGACGCUGAUUUCUCCAUAACAUGUUCUGUAAUAGCUAGGAUGAAUAUAACUAUUAAAAAAGCUAACAGCCCAGAAAAACCAUUACUCCUUGGAGCUAAUUGUACAAACUUAACUUAUAAACAUCGAUUCAGCAAAGCUGAUUAUAAUUUUGGCAACGAAGAUAAUAAUACCCUCACAACAUUUUAUGUUUACGUCUAUGAUUUCCAGCCUCCACUAUGGAUUCAAAUUUCCUUCUCUCAGUAUUCGAAACUGAAUCUACAACAAUUUUUUAUCACAUUUUCUACAUGCUUCCUUGCGUUAUUGUUAGUGGCAGCGAUUCUCUGGAAAAUUAAACAAAAAUACGAUAUGUACAGAAGAAGGCAGCGUCUUUUCGUAGAAAUGGAGCAAAUGGCUAGCCGAGCAUUCAGCCAAGUAUUAGUAGAAAUCGAAAGACGUGAAUCGUCCAUUUCGGAAAAUGAUGGAAGUGACACAGAAAUGAAUAAUUCUCGGAAAAAGAAAAAGAAAAAGGAUGCUCCAAGUCCAAUCGCUUUGGAGCCUUGCUGCGGAAAUAGGGCAGCUGUUCUUGCCCUACUAGUCAGGCUGCCCACCCGAGGAGAGCUUGCGGGAUUAGCAGUCGCCUCGGCUCUCGUUACCCUUGGCAGUCCGCGCAGGCCGUCUCAAGAACUGACUAUCAAGGAGCCUAAAAAAUCGCGAAAGUCGAGCAGUCAGCAUCCCGAAACAACGUGCAUUUAGCGUUAAAUAAGAAAAAAUAAAAUAACGAGUUUCAUUAUAUUUUUAAAUUUUUCAUUUUACAAGAAGGAUCGUGUAGGCCUUUGAACUUCUUCAAGUUCUCAUACUCAUAUUAGAUUCUCACAUCAUCGAAAGACUUACUCUAUCAUCUCUUAUUAGCGAUGACACGAUCGACUGCCUAGUUCUCCUUCGCAUAGUAGCAUCAUUAUUCUCUUUAUUUUAUUAUUAUCAUUACUGUCAGUUUUAAUCAUUCAUGGUACUUACAUCGCUAAUCUCGUGCUCCAAAGAUUGAAUAAAGUUAACUGUUAGCGCAAAUUCAUUCGGUAUAUACGUAAAUAUGAAAUACGUAAAGUAUCGGCAUAAAAAUUUAUUUCAUUAUAUAUUCACGAGCUAUUUUUUAAUGAGCGAACGUGAAACUCCACGUAGUGUAAAAAAUUUCUUUCUUAUGUAAUUCAAUAACUUUUACUGCGGAGGAGAAAAGCCAAAAGUGAUUCGUACAGAGAAUAAGAGACGUGGAGAAUCACGCCGAGAUAUUGUACAGUUUUGUAUAUAUAGUUGUAUGUAUACAACGGAUAUCGGAACUUUUUUUUUUUUAUUAGACGACGAAAAACUCUUAUUAUUAUAAAUAAUUAACGCGAAUCGCAAGUCUUCUUGACGACUAGAAGGUGCUCAGUUACUGAAGUAAUAUGAAUACAGUGAAAAGGGUAGAAGAAUAAUUUAAUAAAAUUACUUUGUGAGGCUGAUCAUUCGCUAAAUAUGAACAAAGAAUCAAUUGUCGACAUUCGUGCUUUGUCGAUUUGUAAAUAUAUCGAUAACAUUUUAUGCCAAGUUAGAGUCGACGUCGACUAUAAUAAUAUCAAUAAUAAUAAUAAUAAUAA